AUGGAUAAUCAUUCCACCAAUAACAACAAUGACAGUUCCAUAAUUUCAUCUGUUCAGUUAGAAUCUGCUUCUAACCGACAACCACCCCCUUUUCGUAAGAUGAUAGCAGUUGCUUCCAUUGCCGCCGGCAUCCAGUUCGGUUGGGCCCUACAACUAUCUUUAUUGACACCUUACAUCCAACUGCUUGGCGUCCCACAUAAAUGGGCCGCCAACAUCUGGCUGUGUGGUCCUAUUUCGGGCAUGAUCAUCCAACCGAUUGUCGGUUAUUACAGUGACCGUUUACGUUCUCGUUUUGGUCGCCGCCGUCCAUUCAUAUUCUUCGGUGCCAUUGCAGUUGCGAUUGCAGUCUUUCUCAUCGGCUAUGCAGCUGAUCUCGGUCACUCCUUCGGAGAUGAUCUCAAGAAAAAGACGCGACCGAAAGCUGUUGUCAUCUUUGUAUUCGGAUUCUGGAUACUUGACGUUGCUAAUAACAUGCUCCAAGGACCUUGUCGUGCCUUCAUCGGCGACCUUGCCGCUGAAGACCAUAAAAGAAUGAGAACAGGUAAUGCACUGUUCUCGUUCUUCAUGGCUGUCGGUAAUGUUCUUGGUUAUGCAGCAGGCUCUUACCGUAAACUCUUCAUGAUGUUCCCUUUCACUAAAACCGAAGCCUGUAACGAGUUUUGCGCAAAUCUUAAAACUUGUUUCUUCAUUGCAAUAUUUCUCCUUAUCGUACUUUCAGCCUUUGCACUUCUUUACGUAGAAGACAUUCCAUUACCAAUUGUAGAAUCACAAUCGCAGACACAAAUACAGACACAAUUAGAACCAGAACAACAGGUUUCGUGUUUCGGAGAAAUACUAGGUGCAUUCAAUGGACUACAAAGACCAAUGUGGAUGCUAAUGUUGGUAACAGCUAUAAACUGGGUUGCAUGGUUCCCAUUUUUCUUGUUCGACACUGAUUGGAUGGGUCACGAAGUGUACGGUGGCGAUCCGGGAGACAACACAUACAAUCGUGGAGUCCGUGCCGGAGCAAUGGGGCUCAUGAUCAAUGCUGUUGUGCUUGCUUUAAUGUCGUUAGCGGUGGAGCCAUUAGGGCGUUUUGUUGGGGGUGCAAAAAGACUUUGGGGGAUUGUGAAUAUCAUUCUUGCGGUUGGACUCGGCAUGACUAUAGUCAUUACCAAGGCAGCUCAGCAUGAACGCCGCGUCAGCGAUGGUAAUACGCCUUCUGCUGAAAUUAAGGCUGCCUCGUUCGUUUUCUUCGCUGUUCUGGGAAUCCCUCUUGCGAUUAAUUUCAGUGUUCCCUUUGCUUUAGCAUCUAUUUACUCCAGCGCAACAGGGGCUGGACAAGGUUUAUCUUUGGGAGUUCUUAAUAUUGCAAUUGUCGUUCCUCAAAUGAUAGUAUCGGCAUUGAGUGGACCAUGGGACUCUUUGUUUGGCGGAGGCAACUUGCCGGCGUUUGUGGUCGGUGCCGUGGCAGCCGCCAUCAGUGGUGUAUUAGCAGUUAUUGUUUUACCUACCCCAAAGGCAACCGAUGUGGCCAAGGUUUCAGUUGCGGGUGGAUUUCAUUAG